AUGCCUCGCAAAGACCUGAUCCGUGCCAUCUCGCAGGCUGGUCUUCCCCGCUCGUUUCCCCGGUUGAGCAACGUCAAGCCCGGCGAAGACGACGGCUCGAUUCUCUUCACUUACACGGCGCCGGUCGCUGUUUCGGAGCUCGUUCUAGACCUUCAGGCUGUUGUAUCUGAUCCCUCCGAUUAUCCCGACAACCACAAUUUCCUCGUCUUUUCGACCUCUGAAAACGCGCCCGUCUCCAUAACCAGCGCUCUGGAAGACCGGCAGUCUCUCUACACUGGCUGCUCGAUCCAAGAACUGCUGACCACCGUCAGCAAGACGAUCGACGGCGAUCGAGAUGAAGACGAAAACAAGGAGAAAGACGAAGAGGAAGAGGAGGAGGAGGAGGAGGAGGAGGAGGAGGAGGAGGAAGAGGAAGAACCUGACUGGGACUCUGACUUUCCUGCUAUUUCCUUCCCAGCCUCUGAUAAAGACCAACUGCGCAAGAAGAUCCGGCAGGACCUGCGUGAAGUCAAAGCAGCGGGUCUCAAGGUCGGCUAUCUGGGCGCCUUGCCAGAGUCCGUCAUCAUCUCCAUCUCGUGUCGAGUCUCUCGUCUCGGCAUCUCGGAAGAGGCCAUGCAGGCGUGGGGUCUUUCUUCAUCAGAAUUCCUGGUCUGUCUGAUAAGAUACCCGCUUUUCUACCUGAGCCUGGAACAGAUUGUCAACGAUACUGGCGGCGACGCAAAGUCCUUCGUCCAGAUAUACGCUGGGCUCUGUGACUCGUACAAGCCGAGUCUACAGUCUGCUCUCAAAGUGUUUGAUCCCAAAAUCAAAUUCGCAGAGGAAGACACUGAUCCCAGUCGUGCUCUCCGUACUCUCUUCAUUGGGACCCCCCUGCAAUCCCUUUUCAACGACCGUUUUCUACGUAUUGUCACCUCACGCCUAACGUAUGGCUUCACCUGGACAGGCGCUGAGAUGUACAUCAACCGCAGCCAGGGCAAGAUUGUCGACGUCCAGAAUACAGCCAGCCAGGACUACUUUGAGGAAGACAGAUGGAUGACCGCCGACGGUGUCCCCUUUUCCGACGUCGACCACCUGGCCGAAAAGAGAUUCGAGGCCUCUCUGCCCCUCGUGGGGAUGCAAUUCCUCCUCCGCCAUGUUGUCAAAUGUACCGAGUUUUGUCUGGUCUGCCAUUGCCGCACGUACGACGCCUUCGAAGCUCUCAAGCCGUACGUCUGCUCCAACGAGUUAUGUCUGUACCAGUACAUGAAUCUGGGGAUGGGACCCAGAAUCGAGGACGAGAUCGUCUCGCAGCCCAACGUGGUCGACCUGCUGGUUAGCUUGACCUACUCCGCCGCCGUGUCUGGUCGUCUGGAGGAUCUGCCCAAUGGCCUGGGCCUGCGUGUCCCGAACAUCGUGCCACCCAGCACGACCAAGGACUAUGUCAAGAGCCUCGUCAAGGGCCAGUUGGAUGCCGACAAACGAGAGCUUCGUCUCGAAAAGAAACCGACCUUUAGCGUCGGGGACUGGCUGCUCCUCAACGGCGGCGUCGAUCACCGGCAUUACCGUGUGGAAUCCAUCGAUGUGGACGCCGGGGAUGUCGUGCAGCUGAGCCACCCUCUCCACAAGGGUAUGCCUGUCGAAGAUAACCUCGGUACGAUAGCCGUGACGGUUUCCGCCUUUGAGGAAAACUUCGACGAUCUGAGCAAGAAGAAGAAACACGCUGCCAUCGUGGCCCUGCUGGACACCAUCCCGAGCGUGAACACGAUGAAGGACUAUCUCACUUGCGGCACCAAUCCCUCAAGCACUCUCUCGGGUUGGAGAAACCGCAUCCCGCGCGCGGCAGUGGACGUGCUUCGCUGGAUCGUGGCCUCGAACCGGUCCUGCAUCAUGCAGGAUACCACCGUCAACGACGCGGACCACCUCGUCUCCGGCAUGGCGGGCUGGAUGCAGUUCCGGCUGGCGCAGGGUGCCCCGGACAAGGAGCAGCGGUUCGUGGCUGCAACCGCCCUGAGCGAGAACCCAGCCCACCCGACGCUGUUUGCCUGGCACGGCUCCCCGCUGUCCAGCUGGCAUUCCAUCCUGCGCCAGGGCCUGUGGUACAAGACGGUGGCCAACGGGCGCAGCUUCGGCGACGGCGUCUACCUGUCGCGGUGGUUCAAGGUUUCCCUGGGAUACACAACGUUGUGCCUGGAUGCCCGACAGUGGCCGCAGAGCCGGCUGCACGUGCAAAGCGCCGUCUCCCUCAACGAGGUGGUCAACGCAGUCAGCCAGUUUGUUUCCACCUCUCCGCACUUUGUCGUCGAUAAGCUCGAUUGGAUCCAGCCACGAUACUUGUUCGUCAACUGCGCGCCGCCUGGAACCGGUAAGUCCAGCACUCCUACCGCACCCACUACAGCCAAGCCGGCGGUAGUCUACGCACAGGAUCCGCUGUAUGUGGCCUCUGGCCCGGACGACAAGAGCAUCGAGAUCCCCAUCUCGGCGAUAAGUCGCAGUCGUCGCCUGGGCAUCGAGGAGGCAAAGUCCAAGAAGAAGUCCAAGAAAAGCAACACCAGCCGCAAGCGCAAGCGUAAACCAACCGAGACGGAGGAGAUCAAGGAAGAGAAUGACAACAUCAAGGCAGAGAACGACAAUGAUUCCGACGACAGCGUGGUGAUGGAUCCUCAAGACCUUGAGAUCCUCCUUUCGGACACGGAGGAUGCGGAGGCCGACCAGAAAGAUGAAGGAAAAGGGAAAGAGAAAGAGAAAGAGGAGACCGAUAGCGAAAGCGACCCCUUCCAGCCCGGCACGUUGGCGCAGUCGUCGCUGACGCUGCUCGAGCCGCCCGAAUACGCAACCACCCCGGCAACCAAGGCCCUUCAGCAGCAUCUGAAGACCACGCUGAAGGUGCAGAAGAGCACGCCUCCGCACGAGUUGGGCUGGUACGUCGACCCGGCGCUGAUCAGCACGGUGUACCAGUGGAUCGUGGAGCUGCACAGCUUCGACCUUUCGACACCCCUAGGCCAAGACAUGCAGUCGAAGAAGGUGAACAGCAUCGUCCUGGAGCUACGGUUUCCGCCACGGUUCCCCAUGUCGCCGCCCUUUGUGCGCGUCGUGCGGCCGCGCUUCCUCGAGUUCCACGCCGGGGGAGGCGGCCACGUCACCGCCGGAGGCGCCAUGUGCAUGGAGCUCCUCACCAGCACGGGCUGGAUGCCCACCAUGAGCAUCGAGAGCGUCCUGCUGCAGGUGCGGCUGGCGCUGACCAGCACGGAUCCCCAGCCUGCGAGGCUGCUGGCCACGAAAGGGCGCCGUCGCGGACGACAGGGCGAGGGCAUUGAUUACUCGGUUGGAGAGGCUGUGCAGGCGUACAUCCGGGCCUGCCUUGCGCAUGGAUGGGAAGUUCCGGAGGAUUUCAAAAAGGUGGUCUGGUAGAACUUCAAACAGAGUAUGACGAGACGCC